GUCGAUGUUCGCGGCGGUAUACGCCGGUACGUGUAGUAAGAAGCCAUUGGAUGCAUCGUGAAUUUUGUUGUGUUGAAUUUACGCUGCAAUUAAUUUAUUAAACAUCGUUACUGUGCGUACCGGCGUUUGCCUGAAAUGAAGUAACAUCAAACGGCAGGAUUCAACCGUACGCACCACGUUUUCUUUCCUACACCGUAUAAAACAUAAGCAACCUUCUGCGAACAGAUAAUAUAAUUUAGAAAGGCUAGAAGACAGACGGCAUCCAAACGGAUAACAGAAUGCCUACGGAGAUGCACACCUUUUUACCCCAAGACGGAUCCAACCCUAAAGACGGUGUACUAACCAAAUACAAAGUGCAAGUCGCUCCACGAGACCCGGAGGCCGCACAGGGUGAUGGAAAAACUUACGAUCCCUUCACCGAACGAAUAGUUGAUAACCCGACGACGGACUGCGACACAUUAACGCAUUUACUGAAAGCGUCGCUUGGUACAGGCAUACUGUCUAUGCCAAUUGCAUUCAAGAAUGCCGGUCUCCUACUCGGUGUAUUUUCCACUAUCUUGGUAGCAUUUGUAUGCACACACUGCGCUUAUAUCUUGGUAAAAUGUGCGCACGUCCUUUAUUACAAAACAAAGCGUUCAGAAAUGAGCUUCGCUGAUGUAGCAGAAGCAGCGUUUGCCACCGGACCACAAUGGGGAAGAAAGUUUGCAAGGCCAAUUAGGUAUCUUAUACAAAUUAGUUUAUUCGCAACAUAUUUUGGCACCUGCAGUGUGUACACGGUUAUCGUUGCCGCGAACUUCAAGCAAAUUAUUCAAUAUUACAAGGAUGAAGAUUCGCCUGAAUUCAGUUUACGGUUGAUAGCCGCCUGUUUACUGAUCCCGAUGAUACUGCUUAGUUAUAUACCGAAUCUGAAGUAUCUUGCACCUGUUUCUAUGGUUGCCAAUAUAUUCAUGGGAACAGGUUUAGGAAUAACGUUUUAUUAUUUAGUUUGGGAUCUCCCUCCUAUCAACUCUGUACCAUUGUUUGCGUCUAUCGAGGACUUCCCACGAUUCUUUAGCAUUACUAUUUUUGCCAUGGAAGCAAUAGGUGUCGUAAUGCCACUGGAGAAUAACAUGAAAACACCGCAACAUUUUGUUGGAAUCUGCGGUGUUCUCAACAAGGGAAUGUCCGGGGUUACGCUUAUAUAUAUUUUACUCGGAUUCUUAGGAUACGUGAAAUAUCAAGAUCUUACUUCGGACAGUAUCACGUUGAAUUUACCAACGGCAGAAAUACCGGCCCAAGUUGUAAAGAUUUUAAUAGCACUUGCUGUUUACUGUACGUUUGGUCUGCAAUUUUAUGUGUGCCUUGAUAUUGCAUGGAACGGUAUUAAAGAUCGGUUCCAGAAGAAACCAUUGUUAGCUAAUUACAUUCUGAGAACAGUGAUGGUCACAGGAGCAGUUUUACUCGCCGUGAUUGUACCAACUAUCGAACCUUUCAUCGGUUUGAUCGGUGCAUUCUGUUUUUCGAUAUUGGGACUUUUAAUUCCCGUGUUCGUCGAAACGGUAACGUACUGGGACGUUGGUUUCGGGGCAGGAAAUUGGGUAGCCUUGAAGAACAUUAUCAUAUGUAUUAUUGGCAUGAUGGCGUUGAUAUUUGGAUCUCGUAGUGCAUUGAUACAAAUCGUAGCACUAUACAGUUAAAAGAAGCUGUUCUCGUCAAUAAAUAGAUUUGUAGAUAUUCCAAUGUUCCAAACUUCAAACGUUUGGAUACCAUUUUAUAACGGAUUUUAAUGCAAUAAAUUUCGAAUCUUUUAUAUUUUAUGAAGACAAUCAUAAAAGUGAAGAAAGAUUUAUAAACGAGAAAUACUAAUGAUAAUUGAUUUUAAGGAUGAACACGAAAUAGAAAAUUUGAAAGUUUAUAUCACAGAUUUAAAUGUUUCUACGUGCUUACAAGAAGUAAUUUUAAUAAGAUGAGAAAAGAAAGUAUUUAUUAUACUAAUGUUUCGAUUGCUGUGCAAAUGGGAACAUCAAAAUAUUAAUUCUUGUACGGACGAUCAGAACCGAAGAGCCGAUAUUCGGUAAAUGCUAUAGUUUAAAUUGUUUCUACGCACAAAUAACUUGUACAAUAUAAAAUAGCGUCAACGAAGGUUAUAUGAAAAAAUUUAAUUGUUGAAAAGUAGCUAAUGAAUUUUGAAGUAUGUAACUAACGUUUUUAUUUAUAAAAUUUUAUUGAAUUUACAAAAGAUGGAGUCUAGGGGAAGUAAACAGUAUUUAGACUGUGAACAAUGUUUUAUAUUGGAACAAUAAGUUACAAACAAUGUUGAUUCAAAAUUUGAAAAAAUAUAAACGUGAAAUUUUUUAUUAUUCAACACAGAGUAUAACCUUCCAUUUUUUUUCUAAACCUGAAAACAGUUUGUUAAUUUAUAGUAAAUAUAAAAUAUUGUUGUAAUAUUUGAAACAUGUAUAUUAAAUUUUUAAGGAAAGUUUUAGAUAUACGAAUGUGCAUGUAAAAUAAGUUCCUGUUACAUAUUCUGUGCAUAUAACAGAUACACAAUAUAUGAAAUGUUUCACUCUUGUGUUGCAUUUAAUGUGAAUACAUAUUUAAAAAACAAAAAAAAAAAAA